AUGCAGUGGGUGUUCGAGAACAAGCUGGAUCUGGUCUUCGUGGUGGUUUACCAGAAGAUUCUGCGACUGCUGUACAUUGAAGAGCUACUGGAAAUCGUCAAGAAGGACUUCAUGGCCAUGUUCCCGCAGCAGAUCGCCAACAAGACGCCCGUCAAGUACGAAGACAAGUUCACCAAAAUCCUCAAGGCCACGGAACUCAAGUUUACAGAGAAACAAGCACGCAAGGGUCCUCGCGCAUUCAAUGCGUCUAAGAAAGCCAAAGCCAAGGGUGUGACGUCCAAUACGUCGGGCAAAACAGCGUCGUCAUCGCGUUCAGCGACGACUGCAGAUUCAAGUGAAGAUGGCAGUGACAGCCCCACGUCCGACGGGAAGGACAAGAGUCUGGAGGAGCUGGAGAACGAAGCAGCUCUUCGCUCGAAGGUGCGCAAGAUGCGCACGGGCCCACGUCGUAAGGGAAAAGAUAAGGCCGCGAAGGAGACCAAGAAGAGCGGCAAAAAGAUGACCAAAUGGGACGACACGAAGGUUUCCAAGAAGGAGGCCGAGGCGCUGGAUCGCUCCAAGACGACCACAGCUGAGGAGGAAGAAGCGCAGCUCCGCGAGAAGCGUGAAGCGUACAUUGGAGAAAUGGAGGACAGCGAGUCGGAAGAUUUCUCUGACACCGACGAUGAGUCGGCGGCUUCCUCUGGGGCAGAGUCCGACUCGAGCCAGGGUUGGAGCUUUUCCAAGACGCGUCUGGGUAACUUUCUGAGCACAGUGUCUGGCAACAAGAUUCUCGAGCGUGAAGACUUGGAGCCUGUGAUCACACCGAUGCACCAAAUGUUAAUCAGUAAGAAUGUGGCUUCGGAAGUCGCUGAUGAGCUGUGUGAGUCUGUCAUCACUACCGUGGUCGGCCAGAGACUUGAGAGCUUCACUCGUAUUUCCACUGUCGUUCGUAAGGCGUUGGAGGCUGCGCUGCUGCGUAUUUUGACGCCGAAGAAGUCCACCGACGUGCUGCGUGAAAUUCUCCAAGCUAAGUCUGAGGGCCGUGCGUACAGCAUUGUUUUCGUGGGUGUAAACGGUGUUGGCAAGUCCACCAGCUUGUCCAAGGUGUGCUACUACCUUAAGUCGAAGGGUGUCAACGUCAUGAUCGCUGCUUGUGAUACGUUCCGCUCUGGAGCUGUGGAGCAGUUGAACCAGCAUGCUAAGGUUCUGGACGUGGAGCUAUUCCAGAAGGGCUAUGCGAAAGAUCCCGCCUCGGUAGCCAAGGAGGCUAUCAAGUAUGGCACGGAAAACGGCUACGACUGUGUGCUUAUUGACACUGCUGGGCGUAUGCAAAACAACGAGCCACUCAUGCGCGCGCUGGCCAAACUGGUAUCGAACAACGAACCUGAUCUGGUUCUAUUCGUCGGAGAAGCGUUGGUGGGCAACGAUGGUAUUGACCAGCUUUCGAUGUUUGACCGGGCCCUUGCUGACUACUCGGACCGCCGUGAACCGCACCGCAUUGACGGCAUUGUCGUCACGAAGUUCGACACGAUUGAUGACAAGGUUGGUGCUGCGGUGUCGAUGGUGUACAAGACUGGCCAGCCCAUCAUGUUUGUCGGUACGGGUCAGAAGUACACGCACCUCAAGAAGCUGAAUGUGCGCACUGUGAUGCGUCACCUUCUUCAGUAA